AUGCUGAGAAGCAUCGUCCAGAAUCAGAACUAUGCCCGUCAACAGACCAGCGAGCUGCUUCCGUCGUCUUCGUCCUCUGUGUCCAUCUGCCCGCCGCGAUGGCUCAUGUAUGCUGUUAGUCUGCAGUCCCAACGUUUUCUGACCCUUCAGUUUGAGUUCCCCGCUCGUCUCUCACAUCGAAGCAAAAGCGGCUUCAACCUAUCUCUUCUGCUGAUGCUGCUGCUGCUGCUGCUGCUGCUGCUGCGCUGCACAUGUUGUUGCUUCCGCCGCUUCCAUCUCUGCAUCUUCUCCGCCCUCCCUAAACAACAUCUUCUCCACGUCGUCGUUGUUGUCAACGAUCAACCAAUCCUUGUUGCUGUCACGUCUACCAUCUCCUCCAUUGAUCGGACCAUUGGAAGCGCACCUUCAUCUCAGCAGUACGCGUACAUCAUCACUACUGCGACGCAUUCGCCCUUGCUACGUUCAGAUAGUCAGAUGUCUGGUCGACCAGGUGCACCCAUUAGCAGCAUGACGUACGGCAUGGCACCACCCAUGCAUCCGCAUCACCUCAAUCAAGGUCCUGACUCCAGCUCGCCCGUUCCUCCGCCUGCCUACGGUCAUCAGCAACAGCAGCAGCAGAUGAGCCAGUACGGCGCCUCCCAGGUCGGAUCCCAGUUCGCCUACCCGAGCCAAGGCUUCUACGGCCACCCUGCUCAGCACCACCCCAGCGAAGUCGCGUCGCAACAGCAGCAGCAUGCCGGCUACUACUCGCACCACACUUCUUCGCCUCAUAUGGACCCCAACGGUCAGCUGUACGCCGCCCACCAGAUGAACCACCCGGACAUGAUGUCCAACGGUCAAUUCCAAGGUCAUCAUCAGGACCUCUUGGCUCAUCAGCACGGCUACGCCGCCCUCCAGGGCGCCGGUCUGCGACCCAAACGCAAGCAGGUCAAGAACGCCUGCACCAACUGUCAAAAGGCCUGCAAGAAGUGCGACGAGGGUCGCCCCUGCGGUCGCUGCGUCAAGUACGGUCUCGUCGACACGUGCCAAGAUAGCGCGCGCAAGGAGAGACGUCGUGGCAUCAAGCGUGGUCCCUACAAGCGCAGAGCCACCACCGGAUCGCAGCCCACCAACCCGUCGCUCUCCGUCUCUGGUCCCAUGUCCAGCUACGGUCGCGACGGACACAUCUCGCCGUCGAGUCGAAGCGACGGUAUGCUGGGCAGCACGCCUGGUGGAGAGUCGAGCUUCUCGAGCCCAGCUUUUGGCACCCAGGUGCUGACGCCUCGUCCACCCAUGUCGCUUCAGAUGCCCAACAACACGUGGCCUUCCAGCGCCUCCAGCCCCAACGUCGAUGAUCGCGAGGGUCUGCGAGCGAGGUAUGGUCAACCCAACAACCAGUACUACGGCUACGAGCAGGACACGGGCGCCCACCACGCCUACGACCGGAGUAGUUCCGCGCCAGUGAACCAGCCCGGUUCGUUGCUCAGCCCCGUAGGUCGCUUCCCCCAAUCGGGCACGCCUCAGUCGUCCACGUCUCAGCUGCCCAGCUUGAACUCUUCCUCCAACGGAAGCUACCUUGGCGGCGUCUACGGCAAUAACGGCGCGGGACGCAUGAUCAACAACGGAUCGACUGGGUCGCUCAUCAGUCCACCGCUGCACUCUUCGGCUUCCAACGCCAGCUUCCUGUCUGCUUCUUCGGCACCCAACGGUAUCGCACACCACCGUCUGCACUCGGAUAGCAGUCUGGCUACGAUGAGUUCGACAGGUGCGAGCAGCAGCACCAUGUCACCGCGGACUCCUCUGAACGGUCCCGGUUCGGAACCUCCGCUUCUGUCGCCUUCGGGUAACAAGAUGUCGAGCUUCACUCCUCCUCAACCUACCGUUCCUAGCGCUUCGGGAACGUUCCUCCAACAGGACGCUGCUCGGCCCUUCCCCUUGAAAAUGCCCAAGGCUCCCACGCGCGGUCGUUCGGGUACCGGAAAUUCGUACCUCGACCAACAGGCUUACUACGGCCACAACCUCGCUCCCAUCAACGCCAAGGGUUCCCUUCAACAACAGCAGCCCCAACAACAGCAACAGCAACAACAACAACAGCAACAGUUCCAACGCUCGAGCCCGUACAUGGCCGUUCAGGGGUUGGCCGACGACCGUCGACAGUUCUUCAACAGUCAAGUCCCGAGGAUGGACAUGUCGCCAAAUGCGGGUAUGAUGUCGUUGAAGGCCGAGAGGGACGUCGCUGGUGCUCCUCCCGCUGCCCCUGCCGGCUCCUUGGGGCUGGCUUGA